ACUCUACAAAAAGCAGUGCAACUCAAACCCCAAGAUUUAUUCGCGUAUCUUUUGUUCACUGGUAAAGUGAUUAAAAGAAAAGACACAGCACUACUUUUUCUCAAAGUUUUCCAUCAUUUUUUCCCCCUAAAGAUGAAUACUCUCCUCCAAACUGUCUUCGUUCUUAUCGUCUCCCUGGGAGUAUCGUCCAGUCAGGUUAUCGACACAGACGGGCCACCCACUUGGGAAGGCGCCCUGACUCAAACCCAAUGCUCCACCUUCUUCACUUCCGGUCUGUUUGAGGGCAUCUGUCGCCUCAACAAUACUGCGUUGGACAGCAUCACGUGCGACGUUCACUGUCAAUGUGCUCACAACUCGGUGUGGGGCGAGUGCAUCGACCGACCCGCCGGGACUGUGGGAACCAUUGUCGAGUUCGGACCGGGCAUGUGCACUUGUUAUUAUCAGGGCGGAAAAGCUACUCCGAUUGGAUGGACGGCAGAGCCAAGAAAUUCGGCCGUGUGUGCCGCGUACAAAGCGGUUGUCGAAGCGAAUCUCUGCGCCCCAGUGAACCCACGCUGCAUGGGGGACUGCGUUUGUGGACACGGGUUCAAAAAUUCGGUUUGUACCGUUGCCCCGGAGGAUAAUACGAAAUAUUGCGUUUGUACGGACGAGCAGAAUCCUGUGGCUGUGACGCAAAGUCCGGUGAACGAUGUGGUCGGGAUUAUAGGUUAAUAAAUUCGGUCAGAAAAUCAAAAAUAUUUUAAUAAUCUGAAAAAAAGGAAUUGGAAGAUGAUGCUCAGAAAUGUGUAAAAAACAUUCGGGGAUGAGAUCAUCUCAUUAUUUGCAUUAACUUAAAUUAGACUAUAGUCUCCAAUAUUACUUGGUGAUAUUUAGAUAACAACUUUACUAAAAACAGUGACCUUUGCGUGUGACACUACAUACACGUGUAAAAUCUUGACAAAUUUGACCUUCACCCUGCCCAAGAUAUGGAUUGAGGAUUGAUGACUACGCAAAUAAAGUUGCAAAUAAAGUAUGUAUCUAAAUUUUAGGUUAUAACACGAUAUGCAAAAAAAAUACUGCGAAAUAAAAUUUUGUUGCAAUUUAUUCCUUCAAAAAAAUAA